CUGCUACCACAAAGAUGAAAACCGUUUCCGAGGCAAUAAACAGAAAGAAAAAAUGGAAAGAAGACAAAGCAACGGAAGACGGAGGAAAAUUAUCUAUGCCAUUACAAAUUGCACUCCCUGGCGAAAGGUCGAAGGCCUACAAAGCAUGCAGGACAGAGCAAUAUAAUGAAAGCUUCCAGGAUCGGAAAAGCUAUCAUGUACUCUUUCUUGUCUUAUCAAGGGAGCCUUCCAUGAGUGACGAGGUGUACAAAAUGCUGCUAGACAUCGCCACAAAAGAGGGGUAUGAUGUGUCGACGCUCGUGAAGACAGAGCAUAAAGAUGGCGUUGGUGAGGCAUCCACUGACACUGCGAAGACAGACAGCGGUUAUUGGUGGUUGAAGGCACUUUUCGGAAAGUGAGCGAAAUUUUGUUUGGGGAAUCUCUGAAGUCGUAGAAGUCCCCAAACAACAAAAGAGAACUCCCUCCCCAGUGUUCAUUUUCGCUCUUUAUUUUAUUCAAAUUUCAAAUUUCAAAUUUGUUUUUGUUGCUUGUCCGCUGCCAGCGUCUGCCCGCGCCAAUCAUCUGCUGACGGUGAACACGUGGCGGGAGAUGCGACCUUCAGUUUAUUAUAUCACCACCAUUGUGAAAAACCCUGAGUUUGUUACACCUGCCGAAGCUAGCAGGAAGAGUGGUGGCUUUGCCGUAUCCUUGGCCGGAGCAGGUAUUUGAAGACAACUGACAACCAAGAUGAAGCAGAGCACCAUGGGCCUUUUCCUGGGAGACUGACCCCUUGCUUAAUUACAAAUCCUUGAAAUCCAUGAAAAAGGCUGUUGGAUUUGUCGAGUAUUCAUCCUCACAAAUGCAUUUAGAGGAAUUCUCAUACUGGGUUGGACUACCACUGGGGGGCAAUGCUGCGUCCGUGGGGUAAGGGUUCCAUUAAAAAUAGCCUGUUUCACGACGGUCUAAACUUGGCCAUUACCUACCCCACAAGUGCAACUCAGACAUGCUUGGAGUUUUUCAGCCCUCAAUCAUUAUUAUGUAGAAGGGUAAUACCCCCCACGACAUCCUGUACACUGCAUAGGCCUGCUCAGUUAAUCCCCUGGGUCCCAGGGCAAUCAAUGCUGGCAGGCCUC